AUGGAAGUCGAACGGGUGGCUGUCAUCGGCGCUGGCCCUUGCGGCCUAGGAGUCGCAAAGUAUCUUCUUGCCGAACAAAAAUUCAAGUCUAUCGCAAUAUUUGAACAGCGCGAUCAACCUGGCGGUGUUUGGAACUAUACCGGCGAUGAAGGCAUCAACAGUACAUCUACAUCGGCACUUGCCCGUCCCAAACCAAGCCAGGAGCCUCAACAGCCCGUGGGUGGGACUUUUGCUUCUCCUGUAUAUGACUCACUUGAAACGAACAUUCCCAAAUCAAUGAUGCAGUUCGCUGAUUAUUCGUUCUCCGCGGACACUGCGCUUUUCCCGACUCAUGCCGUUGUGAAGAAUUAUCUUCAUCGGUAUGCAGAGGAAUUACUGCCGUAUAUAAGACUCCAAUCCUUAGUUUUGGAUGUCUCGCUCUCAAAAAAGAACCCGAAGCCAGAAUGGACCAUAACGUGGCGCGAUUUGAAGACCAAUGAGAUCUUGGUUAAGCAAUUCGAUGCAGUGUUGGUGGCUAAUGGGCACCAUAAUGACCCAUAUAUCCCCAAUAUAACUGGCCUAGCUGAGUGGGGUCGAGCUUACCCUGGCUCUAUCAUACAUUCAUCCUCUUACAGGCGUGCUGGAUCGUUUUCAAACAAGAAAGUCAUUGUGGUUGGGCACUCUGCCUCUGGAAUCGAUAUCGCGAAUCAAAUCGGGCGUGUAUCGAAACAUCCACUUCUGAUCUCUGAACGUACAGCAACAACCCUCUCUCCAGAGCAGGUUACCAUCUCCAAAAGCCUUCCAGAAAUCAGUCUUCUCAGCAUAGGAGAGAGAUGUGUCCAAUUUGCCGAUGGCCAUGAAGAGAGAGAUGUUGAUCACAUUGUCUUUUGCACGGGGUACCACUUCUCCAUUCCUUUCUUGUCAGGUGUCCAACCGCAUAUUGUGACAGAUGGCGUGCGCCCUCACCAUUUGUACCAGCACGUGUUCUACAGCAAAGAACCAACCCUCGCCUUAAUAGGCUUUCCCCAGCGAAUUGUUCCAUUCCCUUUUAGUCAAGCUCAAGGCGCAUGGGUGGCACGCGUGCUGUCCGGUCGAUUGUCAUUGCCUUCUCAGGUUGAAAUGGAGCGAUGGAUUGGCGCCUGGACAGUAACUCGCGGCGAGGGACGCAGUUUUAACACCUUUGGCUUUCCGCUCGAUGCGGAUUACAUUAAUUCACUUUACGAGUUAAGCUCGUAUGCAGCUCGGGUGGAUGGAUUGGAUAAUGAUGGGCAUGGUAAAAGACCACCGUUCUGGGGUGAGAAGGAGAAGUGGACGCGUGCCAGAGUUCCAUUGAUUAAAAAGGCGUCCCAGGCGCUUGGUACUCGGAGAGGUGAGAUAAAGACCUUGGAAGAGCUUGGGUUUAAUUUUGAGAGGGAUUAUGUACCAGAUGCCGAGGCGCGUCUGUAG